CCCAAAAUCUUACGUUGAAGAAAUUCUUUUGUCCCUUUUUGUUUUUCCCUUUCAACAAACAGUGAAUAGUCAAAUGGCAAAAACCAAAUAGAUACUAAAUUGGAGGCUUAACCGAGGACUAAUUUUUGUUGGUUUGCUAAAAAUAUCAGAAUCCCAUAUGGCAGCUGAUAAGAUUGAGGGCAAAAGAAGAACAGUUUGAUCAAAGGCUUUCACUUAUGCUGCUUCUCUUGUCCCACUUAAGAAAGCAAAAAAAAGAAAUUUUUGCAAAUGGAGCAGCCACCUGAAAACCUCCAUGAAAAAAAUGAUCAUGUUCUUGAUAUUCCAAAUGAUUGUCAACAUGGGAAUAAUGUUGUAUCAAGGAAUUCUCAACAACCUGUGAUUCAGCCCACCCCUGGUGGAUCAAGUCAUAGGAGUUUUAUAUCAUCUUUUUGCUUUUGGAUUUACAUUAGACUAGUUUUUAAUAUAAGCCAGAUUGUUGCAUCAGUAGCUGUUCUAGUAGCUUCAAGGAAUGAGAAGUCACAAGCUCCGUUGCCCAUUUGGAUUGUGGGUUAUGCUGCAGGGUGUGCUGCUACUAUUCCCAUCCUUUUCCAGCAUUGUUUCCUUCCGUAUCCUACGCUUAGCAGAUUUUUUGAGCGCUUUAAAUGGAUGCUAAAAGCUUACUUCUUUAUCUGGUUUGUUGUUGGCAAUGUUUGGCUAUUUGGGGGGUACUCUUCUUCAGGGGCUCCAAAUUUGCGCAGGUUAUGUGUAAUGUUUCUUGUCUUUAGCUAUCUUGAGUUUACUAUGCCCUUCAUCCUGUGUGCUGUUUUAGCAUGCUGCUGUGGGGACCUAGGUCUAAUUAAAGGAGCUACUUCAGAGUGCAUCAAUUCUCUGCCAACAUACACUUUCAAGUUACAGAAAGAUGGUACCGGCAGCAUCAUGAAAACCAAUUCUGAAGUUAGAGGGGUUCAAGUGGCAGGAGCAGAAAAGGACUGUGUUAUUUCAGGGGAUGAUGCAGUUUGUUGCAUUUGUUUGGCAAGUUAUGCAGAUAAUGAUGUGCUGAAGGAGCUCCCUUGCUCUCAUUUCUUCCAUACUAACUGUGUAGAUAAAUGGCUAAAGAUGAAAGCACUCUGUCCGCUUUGCAAAUGCACAAUUUUGGCGAAGAAAUGAGGGAUUGCUUUUUGCUAUCGGCUGAGGUUAGCUUCGUUGGUAUUCACCCUUCUACUUACAUUCGUCUCCUGGUCACCUUCUUACUGUAAUCAGCAAUCAGAGAAGAUCGAAAAAAUGAGAAGGAAAGAAGAAAUCUUAACGACAAAGAUUGUACACACCGAGGAUAUGUAUCAUACUUAAAUACAAUUCUGUUGAUAUUAACCUUUUUAUCUUUUUAUUCUUUUUUAUAAAAAUGAGAGUUAAUCUUCCAGCCGGCUGCUUCAUACUUUUCCGAUGGUGAAUCCAAGGAUGUUCUUAUGAGAAGCUCACACCUCUGUUUUUGUUCGAUUUUUAAUUUAAACUCCUCGGUGCAAUAGCGUGGAAGUUGUAUUUAAUCUUGGAUUAGUUUGUCUUAUCCUUUGUAUCCCUCAAGAAUAAACAGGCUUGAAGAUCAAUUUAAAAAUGGUGUUUAAAGUA